CCCAUCUCUCUCGCCCAUCUCUCACCAACCCUGGUUUCUGCAUCUUCUCUCUCUUUCCAACUACAAUUACCUUCACUUUUUCAUCUCUUCAAAAAUGAGCACAGAGUGGAAGGUGGAGACGCAGAUUGUUCUCUCGAAGCCAUUGUCGCUAAAGGGUGGCUCUGAUGAUGAUUACAGUGCACCUAAUCUUAUCCAACGGAUUCUCAGUCUUUUCAAAAAUAUACGGCCAGGAUCAGAUCUCACUCGAAUGCAGCUUCCACCGGCUUUCAACAUACCAAAAUCACAACUUCAGUGUUAUGGUGAGUCAAUGUAUAGCGUUAGUGAUGAUUUGUUGGGAAAAUGCAACCGAGGAGAGACCCCAUUGGAGAGGUUUAUAGGGGCAGUAGCAUGGGGAAUUUCAACUCUACGUCCUUUGAUCUUUGGUGUUGCUCCAUACAACCCAAUUCUUGGUGAGACCCAUCACAUGUCUAGGGGAACCCUCAAUGUCGUCCUUGAGCAGAAAGAAAACCUUGAAAUUCUCUGGUGCCACAAUCUAGUUCCAAAAUUUUAUGGUACUUCAGUGGAAACAGAAGUGAAUGGAACAAGGCAGCUGAAGUUGUUGAAUCAUGGAGAAACUUAUACGAUGAAAUGUCCGAAGCUUGCAAUUAAAUUUUUUCCGGUGACUGGGGUGGAGUGGGUAGGUAUUUGUAGAAUACGAUGCAACGAGACAGAUCUCGAAGCUGAGUUAUCGUACGGAGGAAGAUCCUUUUUAGGUUUUAGAGGGAGUCCCAAUUCAAUCAAGGGAAAGAUCUUUAAUUCAUCUUCGUCAAAACUUCUUUCUGAGAUCGGCGGCCAUUGGAAUAGUACCGUCACGUUGAAGGACCUUGAAAGUGGUAAUGUUAGAGUGAUAUACGAGGCAAUAGAAGUAAUUUCUGGACUCAAAACUCCUAUUGUUAAGGAUCCAAAGGCAGUGUGGGCAAGUGAGUCAGCCCUAGUGUGGAGUGAGGUGAGCAGAGGAAUCCUAAGCAAACAUUGGGGAAGUGCAAGUGAAGCAAAGAAUGCUGUUGAGGAAAAACAGAGGAAUCUCUUGAGAGAGAGAGAAUCAAGAUGUGAAAAUUGGGUUCCAAAGCAUUUUAUUGUGUCUUAUAGCAAGGAAGAUGGGUGGAGUUGUUUCCCUUUACAAAAGCGUGUCCCACCAGCUCCCAUUGUUGUACCGAUUUAACGGUUGAUCGGCUAAUAAUUAGUGAGGCUUAAUCUCACUAAUCGUCUUUAAUUAAAUUGAUGUUUAGUGGGUGUGCGAGUUGUUUUAUUUGUAUUGAGUAACCCGAGUUCAAGUCUCGGGGGAUGCAAUUAACAGAAAAGAAUUCUCACUAAUUGCCUUUGAAGAAAUAAGAACGUUAUUUCAUGAAUAUUUCACAA